UCUGAACGACGGAUCCCCUCUCCGUUUGCCAUCCACAGGACCAGCGGCCCCUGGCCAGGAACAGACUGGAGUAAAACUGACGUCUUCUUUUGGAAGGUGGACUUCUGGAUCCUUUUCAAGGGCCAGACAGUGAAAAAUUCUCCAUAUUCCAGGUCGUUCGCUCGUUCUGAGGUGCAAACCACAGAUCAGCAAAGCAUGGAAAGCCAGCAGCUAUCAUGGAGGUCGUUGAGGUUCUCAUUCAGGAACGCGACCAUACUCGUUUGCUUCUUCAAUCUCGUUACUGUUCUUCUUUUGCUUCAAGGAUUCCUGUCUGGUCUAUCCAACAAAAGGGUUGGCCGAGAUGAAGCCGAUGCAGUGCAACUGAGAUAUAUUAAUGAAUGUGAUGAGUUGCGCCGUGCUAUGGAGCCUUUGGAACUGAUUAAAAGAGUAAAGGAGAUCAAGCAGGAAGUAUAUGCUGAGCCAGACAUAGUGCAGCCAAAAGAUAAUAAGCAAACUGCUGCAGUAGAUCUGUCAAAGAGGUUGAUGGACUUCCGUGCCCUAAAUGAUGCUAAUAGCGUGAAAGCUCUUGAGGAGUGGCGUAAACGGAAGAUGGAACGAGCUAGGCAACGGGAACUUGGAAAAAAUGGAACGGCCUUAUCACAAGCACGAAAUCCAUUGGAUAUUUGAGGCUUCAUCCAGUUUUAAAACUUGAAAUCAGGAUUUGAUCUUGAUUUAUUAUAAUGUUUUGGAUGAUCAUUCCUUCAAAACGGUUCAAAAGCUCUCAACCUUAUUGUAUCAUACACCAACUUUCAAUGUGUAUUCUCAAUUGUGAUCCUUGAUUCCAUGAAAGAUUUUGUUUAUCUGGACAACUUUAUAUGUCUCAAUGUAUAGAAGAUAGUAUGAAAAAUGCAGUUUAUCAACCAUGUUUCUGU